UCUUACCUAUUUUCACCCAAUUUCAGCCCUCUCCCUGGCAUCCUCACCCUCCUCCUUUCUUCCAUCUUAAAUCUUCCCCUCCCCCCUCCAUCUCACUCCUUGACCCUCUCCACUUGCACCCAACUCUCCAUCCAUCCCUCUCCUCGUCCCUGUCCCUCCCAGAAGACUUCCGCCAUGGAUUCAGGACCUCCUUGGACGGCCAACCCCACCCCUGGAGGCACUCUCUCUGUCCCCAAUGCCACCACACCCUGGCUGGGCCGGGAUGAGGAACUGGCCAAGGUGGAGAUUGGAGUGUUGGCCACUGUCCUGGUGCUGGCGACAGGGGGCAACCUGACUGUGCUGCUGACCUUGGGACAGCCAGGCCGCAAGCGCUCCCGCAUGCACCUGUUUGUGCUGCACCUGGCCCUGACGGACCUGGGCGUGGCGCUCUUCCAGGUGCUGCCCCAGCUGCUGUGGGACAUCACCUACCGCUUCCAGGGCCCUGACCCUCUCUGCCGGGCCGUUAAGUACCUACAGGUGCUCAGCAUGUUCGCCUCCACUUACAUGCUGCUGGCCAUGACGCUGGACCGCUACCUGGCCGUUUGUCACCCUCUGCGCAGCCUCCAGCAGCCCAACCGGUCCACCUACCCACUCAUCGCAGCCCCCUGGCUGCUGGCCGCCCUCCUCAGCCUCCCUCAAGUCUUCAUUUUUUCUUUGCGAGAGGUGAUCCAGGGCUCCGGCGUGCUGGACUGCUGGGCCGACUUCCGCUUCCCUUGGGGGCCACGGGCCUACAUCACCUGGACCACCCUGGCCAUCUUCAUCCUGCCUGUGGCCACGCUCACGGCCUGCUACAGCCUCAUCUGCCACGAAAUCUGCAAGAACCUAAAAGUCAAGACUCAGGCCUGGAAGGUAGAAGGAGGGGGUAGGAGGACUUGGAAUGAGCCCUUACCUUUGGCCCAGGCUGCCGCCAUGCGGGGGCUGCCCUCCCGGGUCAGCAGCAUCAGUACCAUCUCACGGGCCAAGAUCCGAACUGUGAAGAUGACCUUUGUCAUUGUGCUGGCCUACAUCGCCUGCUGGGCACCUUUCUUCAGUGUCCAGAUGUGGUCUGUAUGGGAUGAGAAUGCCCCUGACGAAGAUUCAACGAAUGUGGCUUUCACCAUCUCCAUGCUUUUGGGCAACCUCAGCAGCUGCUGCAACCCCUGGAUCUACCUGGGCUUCAACAGCCACCUGUGGCCACGCCCCCUGCGCCAUCCUGUCUGCUGCCGAGGCCCCGGGCCCCGUGUGCGCAGGCAACUCUCCAGCAGCAGCCUGUCCAGCCGCCGCACCACCCUGCUGACCCGCUCCAGCGGCGCCCCCAACCCCAGCCUCAGCCCCAGACUCAGCGGGAGGCUGGAGCCCCAAGACUCACUGAAGAACUCGGAGCCGGUGGACAGGGAUGGCACCACCGAGACCGGCAUCUUUUAG